UUGGGUCAGCUGAGGAUGGCUGCGCUCUUCCAGCACUUGAGGAUCCUGCUGUGGAAGAACUGGCUGAGUGUCAAGAGGCAGCCGGUAUGGUCAUUCAUUUUAAUUUCCUGGCCUGUGGUUGUUUUCAUAAUCUUGGCUAUCAUCCGUCUCAAAUUCCCCCCAGAACCACAGCCAAACUGUUAUCUUGCACCCCGAAACCUUCCAAGUGCAGGCUUCUUCCCAUUCCUGCAAACUGUGCUGUGUGAUUCAGAUGCCAGAUGUAAAGGCACACCAUACACACCAGAAGAUCUGCUGCCAAGGCUUAAUGACAUCUCAUCUCUCAGACUUAAGCGGAGGAGCUCAUCUAGAGUGUCCAAGGACAACCAUCCAUCACCAUGGAGUGCUGAGGUUCCUAAAAGCAGGAAUGCUUCACUGGCAUUCAGGGAUUCGGUAUCUCAUGGAGAAAAGACACUUUGGAAUAUUUCAUCACCAUCCAAUUUGACUUCUAGCCUCAACAUGUUCAACAGAAUCCUUAGUUUUGGGAAGGGCAAGGUGCAAUAUUCAGUGGGAGCAAAUCUCAAAGUCAUUCUGUGUGAGAUCUUGUCACGAUACGUACCAGCUCCUGGUCUCACCGAAGAGAAGAUGGCAGCCAACAUCUACAGGACAUUCUGCUUUACUGACUCAUCGGUUUUAGAGUCCUUUACCCAGGAGUUUAGAAGUCAGUUGUCUCAGGUGCAACACAACCCACAAUACCAGGCAGCAUUUGUCAACGAAAUGGUCUCAUUUCUAACGCUCAUCUCCCAAGUGCAGAAUGACACCUCCCUGUGGCAUCUCUUUUUGUUGGCUCCAGAUGUGUUUCAGGGCAGCAUGCAACUCCAAGAUAUAAUUGAUUUUCUUCAGAAUGCGAGCAGUGCUGUGCUGGCAGCUCAGAAUGUCUCUCCAUCACUUGUUACUGAUGAUAGAUUCAAAACUGUUCAAAACGGGGUUACAGAUCCCCCAUAUUCCUUGAAUUGCUUGGAGCAAGAUAAAGAAAAAAGUUUGGUGAUCAGAUAUAUUUGUAAUCACUUCAACUGGAAAGAUAAGUGGACUUUAGUAUCAGAGUUGGAAGAAGUUCUGAGAAAAAUAAAGUUACCAGAGAUUGGUGGAAAAGUCUCCAAGAGGUCCAUUAAUUCAGAUGAUUUAGAAGCCAUACAAAAGUCUCUACAUCGUUUAAAAGGCUUUGAGAAAAAAAUGAAUAGAAGUGAAUUAAAAAGCUUAAAUCUAUUCAGAAAUUUGAAGAAUGAAACAUUACAGAAAUUGUACGCAAUUCUUGAACUGGGAAUGACUCCACAUCAUGAUUAUAAAUUAAAGGAAGAAUAUAAUAAGGAAAUAAUUGAUGAAAUCUAUAACUUGACAUCACAGCAAUUACAGAGCAACUUUAACGGGACUUCCAUUUUCAAUAUAAUGGCCCAGUGGAAAGAAAUUCAGGGUGCUUUAAAAUUAGCUACAAUGAUUUGGAAUCCAGUUUUGUUAAAUAAUUCUAAUUUUAGUAUAGCACAAACUGAGAAUGCUCUCAAAACUUUACUCACCAUUAGCAUGCCAUCAUUUCUGGGAGACUUAAGAGAUCGUUUCAAUGGAGUUGAAGAAAUACCGUCUUUGAUUUCUGAUUAUCUUCUUAAACCUGUGUCGUAUAGAAGCUUUCCAGACCAACUCCUAGCUCUCCAAAAGAUAUUUUUUAUAUUGACACAUAAAAACAUAGGUUAUGACUACCUACUGUUGCCUGCAUUUGAGCUGAUGCGGAAAGUAGAAAGCUCCAUGGGUGAAUCGCGGUGGCAUGAACUGAAUGGCUAUUGGCGCCUUGCUGAAAAGCUCAGAUCAAUGCAAUGGAAUAAUACAGGCAUCGUAGCCUAUGGGCAGUUUUUAGAGGUAUUAAACAGCCAUUUUGAAAAGCUGAUUAAUAAUUCAAAUAGUCUUUUCAGUGAACAGUUUGGUCAACUGUCUGAAUUUAUAGCAGCUGUAUUUAAAGAGUUUGAUGGGGAAAACUCUGAAGUAGCCAAUAUCUCGCUAGUUACUCAAGCCAUACAAAAGACCUUGUAUGUAUUAAAAGACUUACAACUCAACUAUAAUGUCAGUAAAUUAAAAUAUAUAGAUCUGUUCUUUAAUUUUGACAAUAAAACCUUUGAGAGAUUUUCUGAACUUCUGAGGACAGGAAUGGAAAUCCUCCACUAUAGAGAUGCCAGUGAAGCUUCCACUGAAGAAAUGAUUAAUGCUGUCUAUAACUUAACACGUCUUGUACUGCAGGAGUUCAGUGAGUCUUCCUUACCACACAAGGCAAAAAUCUGGGAGUUUUUGCAUGUAGCCUUGAGCCCUUUUCUUGAGAAUAGAGACGGCAGUGCCAGAACAAUCCAGAAUUGCUCUGCUCGGGAUGUGCUCCACGUAACACUUCAGAUGCUUUUUGAGAAUGCCUCUCUAAGUGAGUCGUUAGCCUCAAGCCCCUGCAAAGACCUCUUUGCCUCCAUGGAUGUCGAGAGUGGAACUGCACGCAAUGAAACCUUCACCAAAAUGUUCCAGCUUGCCAUAAGGAACUUGAAGCUGUCUCCAGAGUUUGCUGCUGUCUACAAGAACAGCAGUGAACGCUUUUCCAAGGAGCUGUCGUGCACCAUCCAGUCUCUGCAGUUUUCCCUGUGUUUCCUUUCCAAAUUAAAGCUCAUCUCUGAGGUGGAAAACUCUUGGGUAGAGGAGAAGAUGAGAGCUCUGGCUGCUCUCCUGGAGACACUGCUGCAGGGCAAUGCCUCCUGCCCCAUCCCAGCCCAGGAGGUGGGUGGUGGGCUCCCAUCUCAGCUUUUGAAGAUGCUCCUUCCUUUUGUGCUGAAUGAGACAGAACUGAAUUCCCUGAAUUUCUCUGCCAGCUCUGCAGGCUGGUGUAGGGUGCCUGUGUUUACUCAUCUGUUACCAACUAUUUUCACUUGGAACAACAGUAUAAAUGAACUACUAAAGGUUGGUGGAAAUGCUUCCCACGGGUCUGAAUGGGGUCACUUUUUGCGUCUGUGGCACGCCACUGGCAAGGUGCUGACCACCAAAUGGAACCUAACGGAAGUGGAUGAAUAUGUGAAACUCCUGGAAAUUGUGAAAAAAGCCCUAAUUCUUGUGGACUUCGGGCUAGCUCCUGGAAGAACAUUAGUAUAUAAUAUUUUUGGUAAUUCUUCUGAAGGAAUGAAAUCCUCAGAUCUGAAUGAUUAUUAUAGUUUAUUGAAACACUUCUUCAAUUCCACUUCUGCUACAAACAGCACGCUGGAAUUGGAAGGAAUGCUUCAGGAAAUGAUCCCACUGUAUGAGACAGGUGGUGAAGGAUUGUUUUACACUAAUCCCCAAGGGAAGGAAAAUCAAGAUAUUCUGUCCACAGCUGCAGUGAUUUGGAAUCGGAUCAUCUUAAACAAGACUCAUUUUAAUACAGAGAAGACAUGGGAGGUUAUCAAAAUGAUUGCACUUCAUGCAGUUUUGCUUGAAGACAUAGAAAAUUAUCCCAGUACGAGUGAAGAAGUGUCAUCAUUAUUUUCUGACUUCUUGUUGACCCCUAUAACUUCAGAAAAUUUUGCAGAACAGCUCUUGGCUCUCGAGAAGCUUCUUGCUGCUGUGGCAAGGGUGAAUACCAGUGAUCAUUAUCUGCUGAUCUCUUCUUUGUCUAAGCUAAUGCAGAAGCUCCAGAGUUCUCCUCAUCGAAGGCAAGUAAAUGAACUUCAUGCUUUCUCCCAGAUUGCUGAAGUUGUUCAGUCCAUGAACUGGGACAGCACAGACAGUCUUUCUUUCCAGUCUCUUCUAGACAUACUGCAGAAUCAGUUCGGUACCAUGCAAAAUGACUCAAGUCUUCCUUUCAGUAAGGAACUGAAGCAGAUAAUGUCCUUUAUUUCCUCCAUAUUUGAGCUGUAUGAUGAAGAUGACUCCAUGGGAGCCCUAUACUCACAAGCCAUACAAAGGAGUAUCUUUCUUGUAAAAGAUUUGCAGAAAAGUUACAAUAUCAGUGACCUCGAAGCUAUUAACCUAUUAUUUGAUUCUUACAGCAACUCUACCCAAAGAUUGUUUGAAAUGUGGAGAGCAGGAAUGAAAGCCCUUCACAACACGAAUGUAAACAAAACAUUUGAAGAAAAAACAGACAUUGUCUAUCAUUUCUUCCAUCUGUUGCUGCCGAAGGAGUUCAGUGAGUCUUUCUUACCACGCAAUGCUUCACUAGAGGCUAGAGCAGUGGAUCUGAUGUUCUUAGCCUUGAGCCCUUUUCUUGAGAAUGGAGACAGCAGUGCCAGAACAAUCCAGAAUUGCUCUGCUCAGGAUGUGCUCCACGUAACACUUCAGAUGCUUUUUGAGAAUGCCUCUCUAAGUGAGUCGUUAGCCUCAAGCCCCUGCAAAGACCUCUUUGUCUCCAUGGAUGUCGAGAGUGGAACUGCGCGCAAUGAAACCUUCACCAAAACGUUCCAGCUUGCCAUAAGGAACUUGAAGCUGUCUCCAGAGUUUGCUGCUGUCUACAAGAACAGCAGUGAACGCUUUUCCAAGGAGCUGUCGUGCACCAUCCAGUCUCUGCAGUUUUCCCUGCGUUUCCUUUCCAAAUUAAAGCUCAUCUCUGAGGUGGAAAACUCUUGGGUAGAGAAGAAGAUGAGAGCUCUGGCUGCUCUCCUGGAGACACUGCUGCAGGGCAAUGCCUCCUGCCCCAUCCCAGCCCAGGAGGUGGGUGGUGGGCUCCCAUCUCAGCUUUUGAACAUGCUCCUUCCUUUUGUGCUGAAUGAGACAGAACUCAGUUCCCUGAAUUUCUCUGCCAGCUCUGCAGGCUGGAAUAACCUGUCCAUGCUCUUCAGCAUGACACAGAGCGAGCUUCUCAUGAACAACAUGCUGCAGAGGUUGCUGGAUUCUUACAACCUCACCAAAUUGAGCUAUUUCUCAAGCAUUUGGGAUGUAGUUGACAGGUCACUGAACAGUGAAAGGAAUCUAGCUGAAGUGGCUGCUUUUGCAAAGUUACUGGAAGCAGUGGCAAACAACCUUGCCAGCAAUGUGUCAGCUCUAGACAUGAUAGAAGCUGGCCACUAUGUUCUUAAGCUGCUGAACAUCUCUGAUCUGCUAACUGAACUCACUACAAGUUCCAGCUCAGCUUCUCUCUCCAAUAAAACUAUUUUGGAUGCUGUGUUUGACAUAGUCACUCAUCACUUCAUUGACAUGGCAGAAACCCUGUACAACAAGACCCUGCCUUGGACUCAAAGUGACCAAACCCUGUCACCCACCAGUCUCAUCACACGGUUUCUGUUUUUAGAAUUUGAAAGCACCAUCUUACAAGUGACAGUGAAUAACAGCUAUAACCCUUACCUGAUGUGUUUAAUAAAUGCCACUGAAGUUGAAGACAGCGAAUUGACAGAAAACAUCAUGCUGCUCUUGAAGCAAACUCAUCUGAAAAAAAACUAUUUUAUGCAAAAUAAUACCUCUGAGGAACAUUCAUCCAUACCAGAGCUCCUGAAGCUAAAAAUAUCUUUCCUCCGGAAUCUGACAACACUUCUUUGUGACUACGAGAGCUUUAAGUCAAUACAGCAUAUUUGCCAUCUCCCUAAUGUUAGCUUUGGAGAACUCUGUGAACAGAGUCAAUCUCAUGAACAGCUUCUCCGUGCUAUUGAGCUGAGCAAUCAAGUUGUGACCAAUGUACUGAAUGGCAGAAGGGUCUCCAAGGAGCUUUGGAAUGUACUGAUUGGAGAUGCCACAGAUGUCCAGGCACAAAUGAAGUGGUUUCAAGAAAACGUACCAGAAAUUGCUUUUUUUCAAGAGAUUCCUCAGUAUAUGACAGCUUUGAAUUCCAUGUUGAACAUCACAGAGAAUUUAACAGACUCCAGCGUUCCAGAAAAGUUAAGAGAUGUGUUUAAAAAUGUGGACCAGCUCAAAGAGGAUCUCAAAAACACAACAAGAAUGUCCACAACCAGUAUCGAUGCUCUUCUGGAAGCAUCUCUCCCAGAAAACAGCAGUCACUUAAUUUCUCAGAUUCUCCAACUGGAGUCUUGUAGCAUCCAUCCUUCUGACCCACAUCUGCAAAUAGUAGCAGAAGAGUUCUGCAAUCUCUCUCUUUCAGAGAGGACUCGUGAGACAUACAUCCUUGGGGUCACCCUGUUACGACACGUAGACGUUUACAAUUUCUUAUACAAGAUGUUAUUCCCUAAGGAAAUUCAGAAACCUGUGGACAAGAUAUUAAACCUUCUGACAAAAAUGAAAUAUUUCCGACACCAGGUAGAGUCUGAUGUUGAUCCAUUGCUACAAGCCAUUCAUUCACUGAAAAAGCUCCGGCAGUCUAGAAGGAUGCCACUGAGUAAGGUGCUACUUAAACCAAACAACUUUAGGGUAACACAUGGCACAUUUAAAUCCAUGUCAAAAGUUCUCUGCAAUCAGGAGAUCACACCCCUGUUCUUUGAGUCCUUGCUUCCUGAUUUUGGAGACCCAAUAAGAAACAGUUCUGCGGAGGAUGUCCACGUCCAAAAGAUGAUGAGGAAAUAUGGGAUUCCUCAUGAUUCCACACCGUUUUGUUUAUCUUUCUACCUGGAUCUGGUCAAGACACCAACUGGAGCUUUAAUUUGGUCUUUUUUAAAACCAAUGGUGUUUGGGAAGAUCCUUUAUACACCAGAUACACCAGAAACUCGAGCAAUCAUGGGAAAGUCUAAUGCCACCUUGAAGCAGAUGGCUGAUCUAGCCCUGAAGUCACAGGAAUGGCUGGAUAAGUCUCCUGCCAUCAUGAAUUCACUGACUAAGUUAAACCAGACGGUUCCAAUGAUCAAGAAUGCCCUACAGAAUCCCUUUGUGCAGGUUUUUAUCAAGAUGAUGGUUGAUUUGGAUGCAGUUGAAUUGCUGAGUCAAAUAAACAAGCUUGAUGAUAUUCGGCUGGAAUUACAGAACAACACUGACAUUGUUGAUCAGCUGAACACAUUAGCUACCCUUGCAGUAAAUGUGUCCUCCUGUGUCUCAUUUAAUCGCAUUCGGGCAGUCAAAACCUUAGAGGAAAUGGAAAAGAUGGCUAAAGAACUCUUCCUAAAGAAUGAACUGUUUGCAAGUAUCAUUUUCAGGCUGCCAUCAAGCUGGAGCAGCCCAGCCCGUGGGGCUUUGGCCCUCCCUCCUGUGCUCAACUACACCAUCAGAAUGAGCAGCAGAAUCACACAGACCACCAACAGGAUCAGGGAGCGCAUCUGGACUGUGGGACCACACAACUCCACCUCUCAGAGCCAGAUCUACAGCCGGGCAUUUAUCUAUAUCCAGGACAGCAUUGAAAGAGCCAUUAUUCAGCUGCAGACUGGCAAGAAACUAGAGGAAAUAGCUGUUCAAGUCCAGGCCAUGCCUUACCCCUGCUACAAUAAGGAUAUGUUCUUAACCAGCGUGACCUACUCUCUUCCAUUUGCUCUGAUGGCUGCCUGGGUGCUGUUUAUAGCUGAUUUUGUUAAAACUCUUGUUCAGGAGAAAGAUCUGAGGCUUUAUGAGUACAUGAAGAUGAUGGGUGUCAAUGCAAGCAGCCAUUUCAUUGCCUGGUUCAUAGAGUGUGCCAUCUUCCUUCUAAUCACAGUCACCUUCCUCAUCAUUGUCCUAAAAGUGGGUGACAUCCUUCCCAAAACAAAUACAGCGCUCUUGUUCCUGUACCUUAUGGACUACAGCUUGUCCAUCAUAGCCAUGAGCUAUUUCAUCAGUGUUUUCUUCAACAACACCAACAUCGCAGCAUUGGUGGGCAGUCUUGUGUACAUCCUCACUUUCUUCCCCUUCAUUGUAUUGCUUGUCAUUGAAAAUCACUUGAGCUUCUCUGUGAAGAGCCUACUGAGCCUGUUGUCUCCAACUGCAUUCAGUUAUGCAAGUCAGUACAUUGCUCGCUAUGAGGCACAGGGCAUAGGUCUGCAGUGGGACAACAUGUACAAAUCUCCAAUGAUUGGAGACAACACAUCCUUUGGCUGGAUGUGCUGGCUCAUUCUGGUUGACUCUUUCAUUUACUUCAUCCUGGGAUGGUAUAUAAGAAAUGUAUUCCCAGGAAGAUAUGGCAUGGCUGCUCCCUGGUAUUUCCCACUGCUUCCAUCUUACUGGCUUGAAUACAACUGGCUCCCCUUCUGGAGUGAGAAACAAAGAGGCUUCAUCUUCACCAAGCUUGUGUUAAGGAAAGAAGCCAGCCCCAGCAAUCGGAUAUGUGCCCCCCCGCCUCACCUGGAGCCAGAACCCACUGAUCUCACCUUGGGAGUCUCCCUCCAUGGCAUAACAAAAGUUUAUGGAUCCAAAGCUGCAGUGGACAACUUAAGCCUCAACUUCUAUGAAGGGAAUAUAACUUCCCUGCUGGGACACAAUGGAGCUGGGAAAACUACAACCAUAUCUAUUUUGACUGGGCUGUUCCCUACAUCAUCAGGCACCAUCGUUGUCUAUGGCAAAGACAUCAAGACUGAUCAGGAAGUUAUCAGGAAGAACAUGGGUAUCUGUAUGCAGCACAACGUGCUCUUCAACUACCUCACCACGAAGGAGCACCUGCUGCUCUAUGGGUACAUCAAAGUCCCUCACUGGAGUAAAGAGGAGCUCUACCAAGAAGUUAAAAGGACUUUGAAGGAGACUGGACUCUACAGCCAUCGUCAUAAGCUGGCUGGUUCCCUGUCUGGUGGGAUGAAGAGAAAGCUGUCUAUAGCUAUUGCUCUGCUGGGUGGAUCAAGAGUAGUGAUCCUGGAUGAACCAACAACAGGGGUGGAUCCGUGCUCUCGUAGGAGUAUUUGGGAAAUUAUCUCCAAGAAUAAAAAAGGCAGAACCAUCAUUCUCUCUACACAUCACUUAGAUGAAGCAGAAGUACUGAGUGACCGAAUUGCCUUUCUAGAGCACGGAGGGCUCAAAUGCUGUGGGUCUCCAUUCUACCUCAAGGAAACUUUUGGUGAUGGCUAUCACCUAACGCUCACAAAAAAGAAGAAUAUGAUAGAGGAGUGUGACACUGCUGCAGUGACCUCCCUGAUUCAGUCCCACCUCCCAGAGGCUUAUCUCAAGGAGGAUAUUGGUGGAGAGCUCGUGUAUGUGCUUCCUCCCUUCAAGUCCACAGUCUCAGGGGCUUACCAGGCACUUCUCAGAGCCCUUGAUACCAGCUUGAGUGAUCUCCACCUUGGUUGCUACGGGAUAUCAAACACAACUGUGGAAGAGGUAUUUCUCAAUCUGACAAAAGAGCUAGGGAAGGACCCACAAGAAGAUGCAGGACUAUCCCAGCGAGAGCCUGGAGCCACUGGCCAAAAUGGUGGUGACGAAAUGUCUGUGAGCACGGAUACUUUCACAGAAAGAGAUGAUCAGCUCCUGAUCAGAUCUAAGAGCCUGCAGGGUUUACCAUUGCUGCUUAAGAAGGCAUCAGCUUUAUUCAUUAAGAGAUUCCACCAUACCCGGCGCGAUGUCCGAGGCUUCAUUGCUCAGGUCAUCCUCCCAGUCCUCUUUGUGAUGGCAGCAAUGGGACUUGGAACACUGAGGACUAAGGAGACCGAAUACCCAGAGCUGAUUCUUUCCCCCUCUCUGUAUGGCACAUCAGACCAGGCAGACUUCUUUGGGAAUUUCAAUGAAACAACAAAUGCUUUAGUUGCUUCGAUGCUUUCUUUCCCUGGGACAGAUAACACAUGCAUGAAUGAAAGCAAUUCGCAGUGUUUAAAUGAAGACAUGCUUGGCCCAUGGAUCGCCACUGGAAACCCCUCAACAAAGUAUUCUGCCUGCAACUGCACUGAUGGCAUCCAGACGUGCCCACAGAAGAACUAUACCCCCCCUCACAGGAGGACCUUCUCUACACGAAUGCUUUAUAACGUUACGGGGCACAACGUGGAGACCUACAUUCUGGCAACCACCAAAGACUUCCUGCAGAAACGGUAUGGUGGCUGGAGUUUUGGGAUGCCUUUGACAAGAGAUCUCCAGUUUGAUAUCAAGCCAGUACCCCCCAGCAGAACACUGACUAAGGUGUGGUAUAAUCCCGAAGGUUAUCACAGCCUUCCAGCCUAUCUGAACAGCUUGAACAACUUCAUUCUUCGAGCUAAUCUGCCAAAAAAUGAGAGUUCCAGAUAUGGUAUUUUGUUAUCAGCUCACCCAUAUCCUGGAGGACAGAGUCAAGAACAAGUAAUGCUCAACAGCUUACUUGAUAUCAUAGUUUCAAUGUCUGUUCUGGUUGGCUACUCUAUCACAACGGCAAGCUUUGUGCUCUACGUAGUAAAAGAACAUCAAACUAAAGCCAAGCAACUGCAGCAUAUUUCAGGCAUUGGGAUGACAAGCUACUGGGUGACUAACUUCGUUUAUGAUCUGGUACUUUUUAUGAUCCCUAUUGGACUCUCGAUAGGAGUUAUUUCAUCCUUCCAGAUACCAGCAUUCUGCAACAACAAUAACUUACUGGCAGUAUUUCUUCUGUUGCUACUCUUUGGAUAUGCAACAUUUUCAUGGAUGUACUUGUUGGCUGGAGUCUUCAAGGAGACAGGAAUGGCCUUCAUCGUUUAUGUCUGUGUCAACUUGUUCUUUGGCAUCAAUACCAUCAUUACACACUCCGUUGUGUUUCUGCUCUCCCAGGAAAAGGCUACAGACCAGGGCUUGCGUGAUCUAGCUGAAAACUUAAGGCACGCCUUCCUUCUGUUCCCACAAUUCUGCUUUGGCUAUGGCUUGAUUGAGCUGUCGCAGGAUCAGGCACUGCUGGGCUUCUUGAAAGCCUACGGAGUGGACUACCCUGACAAAACCUUUGAACUGGACAAGACCACAUCCAAGCUGCUUGCCAUGUUUAUCCAGGGCACCGUGUUUUUUGCCAUUCGUCUGACAGUUCACGAUGGGAUGAUUCAGAAGGUCUGGAACAGCACACUGGAGUUCCUGUUUGACAGAGUGCACGGCAAAGCCCCACUUCUGCUGUCUGUGACUGAAGAAGAUGGGGAUGUUCAGGCAGAGAGGAUCCGAGUAGAGUCUGGCAAAGCUGACUUUGAUGUGGUACUGCUUCAGAACCUCACAAAGAUCUACCACCUUCCUCACAAACGCAUUGUGGCUGUGAAAAACAUCAGCCUGGGGAUUCCUGCUGGAGAGUGCUUUGGCUUGCUUGGUGUGAAUGGAGCUGGGAAGACAACCAUCUUUAAGAUGCUGACAGGAGAUAUCGGAGCAUCCAGCGGAAGGUUGCGGGUCCAGGAUCAUUCUGGGUCCUUGAAUGACAUCACUGAGGCACACUGGUCUCUCUUUGGCUACUGUCCUCAAGAAGAUGCCUUAGAUGACUUGCUGACGGUGGAAGAGCACAUGUAUUACUAUGCUAGACUCCAUGGCAUCCCAGAGAGAGAAAUCAAAGGAAUCGUGCUUCAGCUUCUCCACAGGCUCAAUCUGACGGCCUACAAAGACAGAGUCACCUCUAUGUGCAGUUAUGGCACCAACAGAAAACUGUCAACUGCUCUGGCUCUCAUUGGGAAUCCAUCUAUUCUGCUGCUGGAUGAACCGAGCUCCGGCAUGGAUCCAAAUGCUAAACGCCACCUUUGGAAAAUCAUCAGUGAGGAAGUGCAGAACAAAUGCUCCGUGAUACUCACAUCUCACAGCAUGGAAGAAUGUGAAGCCCUCUGUACCAGGCUGGCAAUUAUGGUGAAUGGGAGUUUUCAGUGCAUUGGCUCUUUGCAGCAUAUCAAGAGCAGGUUUGGAAGAGGAUUCACUGUGAAGAUGCACUUAAAUAGCAGCACAGUUGGCACAGAGACACUGACAGAGUUCAUGAAGUCACACUUCCCAAAUACGUGCCUGAAGGAUCGUCAUUUCAACAUGGUGGAGUACCAUGUUCCAGUCUCAGCAGGAGGGGUAGCAAAUAUAUUUGAUCUCCUGGAAGCCAGCAAAGAAGCCUUCAAAAUCAGGCACUUCUCAGUGAGUCAGACGACGCUAGAGGAGGUUUUCAUCGACUUUGCUAAAGAUCAAGCAGAUCCUGAUGGCACGGAUGCUGGUCCUGAUGUGACAUCGGACAGCUCUGACACCUGUAGCCAAGCUAGCACCAUAAGCUCCAUCUAUUGAAAAGGCACUACCAGAAGGCAUCACAGGAGCUGGGGAAAAAACCUCCUGACCCCUCUCAGGGUUCUUCCAGUUUCUUCCUGUUUUCUAUGACUGUAGGAUGGUAGGCAUAAAAAGCCACGACUACUUAACGUA